AAAUAGAAUAACGUGAUCAUAAUAAAUGAUCAGAGUCAUUCUGGGAGAGUCAAGGAUAGACAAAACAAUUGCUGGCAUAGGCCAGAAAUAGCGCGCGCCUUUUACAGCUGUUUAAGCGGUGCCUUUGUGAGACAGCGACAUGUGAAAUUUACCUCUGUAAAGAAACCGAAAAUGCGCACAGCCAGUGAAUCUACAACGGUGGAGUUAUGCGCGCAGUAAGCGUGGGAACGCCGUGUGCAAGAUUUUCUCACUUUCGACUUUAUCUCCGCUCGGAGAAGUCCUUUUUCGAGAAGGCUCUACAAUUGAGUAUACAGAUAAGUCUAAUUAACGAGAGGAAAUCCCAGUAUAUCGAAAGAUGGGAAAGCGGAAAUCAAGCCAGAGCCGGGUGGCCCGCCAACCAAAGAUUGCUAGGCCUAGACAGUCUACAAGAUUAAGGCAGUCUAGCAACGACACCACUCAAGACGUACUCGGCACCUCAACUCCCCGGCGGGCGGGGCGGCCAAAACCGGCGAGGCACUCGAGCGGUAACCCCAACAGUGGACGCUCAGCCACUACCAGCAUAAACCCGGCUCCGGAGACUGACGGACCACAAUACAGUGGAAACGAGACAACUGGAGCGAACCAGUCAUCAAGCCAGCCGCCUUCACAUGCACAGCCAAUGCAAGAGACAACCGGCGACAGGAUCUGGAUCGUAGGCGACAGCUUGGUCAGACGUGCCAAGCAGAGGGCGAACAUGCUCAACCACCAAGAUUUGGGAAGAGCAAGAGGGACGGUCCAAUGGCACGGUCAGGGAGGAGCGACGUUACAAGACCUUCCGCGCCUGGUGGAGAAUAGGUUGAGAUACAACCAACGAGCACCUGCGCUAGUAAUCGUGCAUUUAGGAACAAAUAACUUGGGCCUGAAUGAUGCCUGCCAAUGCAGAAUCGCGAUCGAUAUGGCUCUUCAAAUUUUACGGACAGCCAUGCCUCGUACGCACAUCGCCUGGUCGACCAUCAUCCCACGUCUAUUCUAUCAUAGCAGUCGUGGUUAUCGAACAUUACAAGACGCCAUGGAUGGGGUCAGGAAAUCGCUCAACAAGUACGCGAGGAGAUUAAUAGCCCGGCUGCCGAAUGCGUCAGUUAUUGCUCAUUAGUUGGAUCCAUCCAAUUACAGUUUAUUUUUAAGAGAUGGGGUACACCUGUCCGACAGAGGAUCCGACGCUUUCAUCGAUAAUUUCCAAGAAGGAAUAGACUCGGGUUUGGGUAUAUAUGAAUAGAAUAUUUAUAUUCACGGAAACGGGACAAUAACACUAAUUCGGCUAUUAAUGAGCCUUGUGGAAUUUCGGACAGACUGGGUUCGAUGUGAUAAUGGAAUUAUUAUAACACAAGAAGUUGAGGAAUAGCGUGUUGUAACGUGAGUUACAUAUUCAGAUAUAUACGCCUUCAUUUUUGGGAUUCACAUUAAAUUUGAAAUUUAUUUAAUUGCUGAUAAAUUAGAACCAUAUUUAAAUUAAUGAUUGAUUUUGAUGUACUAGUAUACAUCAUACACAAUUGUUAAGCUAGCAGAGGGUGGAGUCAGAGUCACUCGGUCGCACAGUAGCUUCAGAACUACAAAGUGGGCCAUAGGGGAAUUUUCCCCGACAAAGGAAAUAUAAUUAUUUUGCUCGUUAAAUUAAGCCACAAUGGCAAUAUUGUCGGGUUUUCGCCUCUAUCACUGUCUGGCUAGCAGCAAGAAUAAUAAUAUAAGAUUACGAUAUGUAACGGAUUGAAUCCAUGAGAAAUACAUGAAGUAUGAUACAUGUCAUAUUAAUAUUUAGUGAAACAGCAUGGGUCCAUAGAUGGUAUUAGGAAGCAACCAUGGCAAACCACGCCCAACCCCCCCCCCCCCCC